CCCUCCCUCUCCCCCUCCUACUGUCUGAUCCCCCGCGCGCGCGUGCCCCUCCCGCCCCCUCCCUCAGACAGAUGCUCGCCAUCCUCUCCGCGCGCACUGCCGCCCUCGCCCACAACACGGUGAUGACCGCGCGGCAGACCGUCGUCCACGCGGCCGGUGUCCUCCGCCACUCCCUCUUCGGGGAGGAGUACCCUCCGUAUGGGCAUCAGCUCCAGCUGGCGGGUGAUUUCGCGCCGGCUCCCGCCGCCCCGGCCGGCCCCGGCCUGCUGGAGGCCCUGUCCCGCCCGUGGGUGCUCUUCGCCGUGCCCAAGAAGAAGGUCUCCCGGCCCAUGCGUCGCAACCGCAUCGUCCACAAGCAGCUUCAGAAGAUCACCAACGUCGAGGACUGCCCCAGCUGCGGCUCCCCUCGACUUCUGCAGAACCUCUGCCGCAACUGCCGCACCAUUGUCACCGCCGACGGCCAGCUCCACCCCGCCUCCAAGCUCCCUUACAUCCCGGAGAUCGACAACGCCAAGCGCCAGCAGCAGUAAACACGCCUCCGCGCGUCUCCCCACCGCGGAAGGACACCAUGGCGGAGCGGGAUUUCCGGCCAUUACGCACGCUCUCUCUCUCUCUCUCU